UGCAACCCAACUUAGGUUUAGAAAGAAAGCGAUAUGGUUUUGCUCAGUAGGAGGAUUUUUACAUGGCUUUUUUGGCUAUCUUCUUCACUACUGUGGCCAUUUCCACCACCCAUACAAGCCUUCUACCUUCCUGGCAGUUAUCCCCACAGCUUCUUGACGGGAGAACAGCUUGUUGUCAAGGUGAAUUCCCUGACGUCCAUCGAGACCGAGAUGCCUUUCGGCUACUACACCCUCCCCUUCUGCAAGCCCAUCGAUGGAAUCAAGGACAUCCGCGAGAGUCUCGGCGAGCUCUUGAUGGGUGAUCGCAUUGAGAACUCCCCAUACCAAUUCAAGACUAACGUCAAUGAGACCGACAUCUUCCUAUGCUCCACUAAUCCUCUAACGGCAGAAGAAGUGAAGAUCUUGAAGCGUCGGAUCGACGAACUCUAUCAGGUGAACCUAAUUCUCGAUAAUCUACCGGCAAUCAGAUACACCGACAAGGAUGGUUUCACCCUACGGUGGAACGGUUACCCAGUGGGCCUCAACAUUGACAAUGUACAUUAUAUUUUUAAUCAUCUUAAGUUCAGUGUUUUGAUUCAUAAGUAUGAAGCUCCAAGCAUGGCCAGUGUUGUGGGUGGGACUGGAGAUGCUGUGGAGAUGAUCCCUAGAUCGGAGAUUACCAAAAACUCGAUUCCUGGGUAUAUCAUUGUGGGAUUUCAGGUGAAUCCAUGCAGUUACCGGCACGAUGUUGAGAGGGCAAAGGAUCUUCGAAAGUAUGAUCGAUUCCCAUUGCCCAUCAACUGCGAUCCCAUGUCGCUUGCAAUGCCUGUGAAGGAAGGGGAGCCGAUUGUAUUUUCUUACGAAGUGUCGUUUGAGGAAAGCGACAUACAUUGGCCGUCGAGAUGGGAUGCGUAUUUGAAGAUGGGUGGGGCACGGGUCCAUUGGUUCUCAAUCCUCAAUUCACUAAUGGUUGUUGCUUUUCUGGCCGGAAUCGUCCUUGUGAUCUUCCUCAGGACGGUCCGCCGUGAUCUCACCUAUUACAAGGAGCUCGAUGAGGAAGCGCAGGCCCAGCUGAACGAAGAGCUCUCAGGAUGGAAGCUUGUUGUGGGGGAUGUCUUCCGGCCCCCGCCGAACCCGGACCUCCUCUGCAUAUUGGUUGGCGAUGGUGUCCAGAUCUUGGGUAUGGGAGUGGUGACCAUUGUCUUCGCAGCCUUAGGUUUCAUGUCGCCCGCUUCCCGCGGCACCUUGAUCACCAGCAUGUUGUUCUUUUACCUCUUCCUGGGGAUCGCGGCUGGGUAUGUGGCUGUCAGGCUGUGGAGUACCAUCAAUCAGGGCGGUCACGAAAGGUGGAUGUCCAUCUCCUGGCGGGUCGCAUGUUUCUUCCCUGGCAUCACAUUCCUAAUCCUGACCACACUGAAUUUCCUACUGUGGGGCAGCCACAGCACUGGUGCAAUCCCCAUCUCUCUGUAUGUCGUUCUGCUUUUGCUCUGGUUCUGCAUUUCUGUCCCCCUCACGUUGGUUGGUGGAUACUUUGGAAUGAAAUCUUCCAUGAUCGAAUGCCCCAUUAGGACCAAUCAGAUCGCCCGAGAGAUCCCCGUGCAGAAAUACCCAUCAUGGCUGUUAGUUCUUGGGGCUGGGACUCUCCCUUUUGGUACCCUCUUCAUUGAGCUCUUCUUUAUCAUGUCUAGUUUAUGGCUAGGCCAGGUCUAUUAUGUUUUUGGGUUCCUUCUCAUCGUACUAAUUCUUCUCGUGGUGGUUUGUGCCGAGGUCUCUCUUGUUCUUACUUACAUGCACCUUUGCGUCGAGGACUGGCAAUGGUGGUGGAAAUCAUUCUUCGCAUCUGGAUCAGUCUCAAUCUACAUAUUUCUCUACUCCAUAAACUACCUCAUAUUCGAUCUUCAGAGCCUGAGCGGGCCUGUUUCCGCCACUCUCUAUAUGGGCUAUUCUCUUCUUAUGGCCUUUUCAGUUAUGCUUGCAACUGGGAGCAUCGGAUUCCUCUCUUCAUUUUCGUUUGUUCACUUCCUGUUUUUGUCUGUUAAACUUGACUAAAAUUAGCUACUUGUUGGAUUUUGUAUCUUAGAUAGAUUGACGGCCCGCUGAUCAUGUGCUUUAUCCAUUCCGGUGGACGGUUUGAGUUCUUCUGAUUUGUCACGGAAUCGGGUAGCAAUAUUUCACCAUUUUUGUGCUGAUUUUUCAUGCAGUUCAUAAGUAGUUGAUGGAAUUCUUAUUUCUUGAUAACUGAGAUUUGUUUUAUGAAGACAAUAAGUUGCGAUCACCUGCUGACGGUUAGCGCUCUUGAAAUCAGAAUCGGCGUGUUUGGAUGCGUUAUUGUAAUGAAUUGCAAAUAACCAAUUUGUGAUUUCCUCUGAUUCAUAUUGUGCACUCGGGCUACAAAUUGCAAUCACUUAACUUUCAAGUUCAACCGAGAGAGAAACGUAACUACAAUUUGAUACUUGGUCAUUUCCAACACUAGGAAACAUCGUUAGCUUUUACUGCAUCUGCUAUGGAACUGAACGUUCAAAAUUCAUUUCAUUUGUACAUCCAAAUGCAGCCUUAAGGAAAGAUGGGUACUGUUUAUUUCUUUACAUGUUAUCAUCCCCAACCAUUAGUUAUCUUGCCCAGUCUCUGAUUCACAAUCCAUGUAUGUCAACCGAGAUUGUCGAAAUCAUGGCAUGCUGCAGAUGGUAAACAAUUUCCUUUAAUUUCAAGCUUUUCGAUACAACAAUCACAUUGGGAUUGAUAUGGUUUUUACAGGUUAAGAAUACAACUGUAUACUAAUAACUUCUGGUUGGAGAUAACAAUGUAGUUAGAGAAGAUUUCUCUAUGUAAUCUUGGAAGAUAAUUGAAUUAUUCAUAAUUAUCCUAUC